AGUCUUAUAAUUAAAAAAAUGCAGAAUUCUGACAAAAAUCUCAGUACUGUAUGUAUGCUUAGGAAAGGGCAUGUACAUUACCAACGUGAUCUCACGAGUAUCCGCAUGUGUUUUACGUGUGGUUCUACCGAGCGUACAUUUACUUGCGUUUGAACAGACACUGCAACAGUUUCCUAAUGACCCCAAGACCACACUUUAAAACCAUUUCUGUCAUGUAUAAUCAUUACUUUUCAUUUAAUAUUUACUUUGUUUGCCGUGGGACACAAAGGGUGUUUUCUACAUCAUACUGACAACAGAAGCAUAAAAUACACCAAGAACGCAAUAUAAUUACAAAAGGAAUUUAUUCUUGUGCUGUAAUCCACAUCUUCAGAAUCCACACGAUUGUGAGGAACUGAAUCGAAUUCAAGCUGAAGUCAAGCGAUCAUAAACAUCAAAUCCUGCGCUGGUUGCACAUUUAGUGAAAUCAAGUGCUCAUAUAUAUACAGAAAUCACAUGACAUGUGUAUUUGACAGUGGGAAGACGAGAAAUCUGACCACCCCUUCAGAACUCAGAAAACUUGCAUCUGCUGCUCGAUGUAAAAUACACAAAACGAAAGGCUUUCAUAUGUCUUGUUAUCAUGAUGGUAAACCCAUAUGUUGUGACACGCCGUGUGAAUGUGAUCUGAAUCUGCUGAAUGCAACAUGUACAAUGCAAGAUAAAAGCAUGGAGUGCAGUUGUGCAGGGAGCGCUUCCGCUGAUGAUCCAGUGCUUCACUCUUGUUUUAAAAACCUCCACAAAACUAGCAGCAGAGCUUGUGAUAUUAAGGCUGGUGAUACUUGCUAUAUUUCUACUGGGGCAACAGAUGGAAAAGAACAAGAACGAAAAAGCAAACAAGUGUCCGAUGAAGACAAAAAAGAAAGGAAAGACAACAAUGUGACACCAAAACCAGAUAACCAGCCUUCAGCCAACAACAAUACCUUCUGGAUAAGCAUUAGUGGCAUUAGUGGCAUUAGUUUCAUUGGUGGCAUUGUCCUCGGCAUUUUUCUCAGCUGGUUAUGCUGCUAUUUGAAUCGAAAGUACUCUAUAUGCGGUUCAUGCAGUGAAAACCAAAAGAAACUUGACCACAAAAGAAAAAAAGUUUUUCGGAGGAUAAAGAUAAAGAGUCAAAAACAAAGGAUGACAAGGAGGACCCAGAAGAAAAUAGAGAAGAAGAAUGUAACCCAUUUCUUCCACAACAUGAACAGUCAGACAGGGAGAAGAACAUGCAGCACAGGAUUUCUUCAACUUCAGAAUCAGAAGCUUCUGGCAGCGCAGACAGAGAUAGGACUAUAACACUAUACUGACCAUCAGCUUUAUAAUUGUGCAUUGUCACGGUUUUAUUGUAACAGUUUAUCUCUGUUUAUUCAGUAAAAACAACAAAAAAAAAAAAACUGUCAGUUGCAAAUGAAAUAUUACUGUGUAACAGUUAUGGACCUUUUUUUGUUUCUGUUCUCUUUCCCCGUUUAAUUCUGUUCCUCAUUUUUUUCCAUCGUAAUUAUUAUUUGCAGCUGUCCUUCGUUCAUUAGCCUGAUUAGAUAUACUCUGUUUAGUUCAGUUUUCUGGCAGUUAUUUGCUUUGCUACACCUGCUCCUGUGGUUUCUUGUGGAUUUAUUUUCAAAUGAGAAAUACAGUGGCGUUCCUCUUUCCUUUUGUUUUUAAUGGAUAUACCUGCUGUUCAGCUCCUAUGCCUGGAGCAAGAGGGUCUCUCCCUCCAGAACCACACGAGGGAAUAUUUAGAUCUUGCCUAUGUAACGUCGGAUUAUGUCACCUUCUAUUAUGUCGGAUUAAACAACUCCACUAAGGCGAAACCGUCAGGGGAUGCAUCCUCGAGGGAGUUUCCCUGUGUUUGUGGAGUGGGUGCUGGUGAACGAUGGUCUGCUGCGCUGAGGAGUACUUUUUAAAAAAUUUGAAUUUUUUUAUAUAUUCCAUUCAUUUUCAUAAUUAUGCUACCGUGCAAAAGUUUGGGGUCUGUAAGAUUCUUAAUUUUUUUUUUUUAAGUAUUCUUUUGAAUGCCCACAAAGGCUGCAUUUAUUUGAUUAAAAAUACAGUAAUUAUGUGAAACAUUAUUACAAUUUAAAAUAACUGUUUGAAUGUAUUUUCAAAUGUAUCAAUCAAUCAGUCAUUUUAUUACGGUCCUCACAGACGUUUCACAAAAAUAAAUAAAUAAACAUAAUUACCAAAAAAGGUGUAGGCCGAAGCCGUGCUUAUUAUGCCUACCGUUUGUGCAUAAUGGACGACACUUUUCACUAAAUUUGAUAAUACAAGAUAAACAACGUUACAUAAAACAUUUCCCAAAAUGUACAUACAUAAUGCCAAAUAUACAUAAUAACAAAAAUACACAUUCCAGCUAUUACUUCAAUAUUUUAACUAAUUCAUUCAGAAUUUAUUAAUAGUGAGUCAUAUAAUUAUGUAUCACCUUUGUUACAGCCCAAGCCUUGUGGGUUUAGUGUUUAUUGUUUGUUUUUCUUUUUUGGUGCCGGUUUGGUUGGUCUUUCCUUCCCGAGGUUAAGCACCGCACCUGCAACCGGUUUUGUAGUUAAAGAUUUUUGUCUAAUAAAAUGAGUGAUCUGCCUUUUUGGCUCACAUGUCUGUUUAUGUUACGAGAACCCUUCUUAAACGAGCACUUUGAAAACGGGGUUUUUCUUAAAUGUAAAUGUAACUUAUUCCUGUUCCAUUACUCCAGUCUUCAGUGUCACAUGAUCCUAAUAUGCUGAUUUGAUGCUCAAUAAACAUUUCUCAUUAUUAUCAGUGUUGAAAAAAGGGCUGCUUACUAUUUUUGUGGAAAAUAAGAUUUUUCAGGAAGAGGAAUAGAAAUGUUCAAAAUAACAAUUUUUAUAACACUAUAAAUGUCUUUGCUGUUACUUUUGAUCAAUUUAAUGUGUACUUGCUAAAAAAAAGAGAAUGAAAAAAUAAAGAAUCAGACUUUUGAACGGUAGUGUGCAUCCUUUAUUUACCUUUUUUCAACGACCCAUCAUAAUUGCAUCUUUUUCUGUCUUUCAGUUGGUGAAUAUGUAAGUGAGGCACUUGAGUCAAGCAUUCUAAUUAAUGUAGCCUAGCGCGCGCCGGCUCAGUGCAGCGACUCAAAACCGCUCGUCAAUGUCAAAAUGUCUGAAAUAGCCAAUCAAAGUGCAGAAGGCAGGAUUUCCUGUUCAGACGCUUGAACGCGAGCUGAGGUAAGAUGUAAGCAGCUAAACACACAUGACGAGACGAUUCAGCAAUAUUUAACAGUUUACGAUAAAAAAUUUUAAACGACAGACAGAUAAUCAGGUAACCAGGAAAUAAGGCAACAUGACGAGACUACGUAGCGAUACGUGCAAACAAUACUCGGCAGUUUGAGAAGGAUCUGAGUGGGUGUAAUAUAGUGUGUGUGUGAUUGGUUACAGCUGUGUGCAGUCAGUGCAGUGGAUGAUGGGGAAUGCAGUCCAGGGUGACGUGUAACAGUCUGUGUGGUGUGAGAGUCAAUAUGACGGAGGGGCGACCUCUGGUGGCAA